CAGGAACAUGGCUACCGGUGUUUAACAUCAGCGGUCCAUUUUAUUUUUUAAAAUACACUUUUGUGACAGUGUAACAUUUGCUGUGCCUCCACGACAGAAGAAAAAAAAGCCUUCGUAGAGUUUAUCAGCGGAGCCGACAGAGCCUCUGAAAACAAAAAGCAGCGUCCUCCUGCUCAUCGGUCACACACAGUCUAUGCUAGGGUGCUGGAGAGGAGGAUUCGGCCGAUAGUCGAACCUCGGAUCCAGGAGGAACAAUGCGGUUUUCGUCCUGGUCGUGGAACACUGGACCAGCUCUACACUCUCUAUAGGGUGCUUGAGGGUUCAUGGGAGUUCUCCCAAGCAGUCCACACGUGUUUUGUGGAUCUGGAGAAAGCGUUCGACCGUGUACCUCGUGGCGUCCUGUGGAGGGUGCUCUGGGAGUAUGGAGUCCGGGGCCCUCUGCUAAGGGCUGUCAGGUCUCUGUACGACCGGAGCAGGAGCUUGGUUCGCAUUGCCGGCAUGUGGGUCAACAUGGCAAGUCCAAGGACCAGAAGAGUUCUGAAGGAAGUGAGAACCCAGGAUGAGAAUAAUCUGUGUUUUGAAUGCGGGGCUUUCAACCCUCAGUGGGUUAGUGUGACCUAUGGCAUCUGGAUUUGUCUUGAGUGCUCUGGUAAGCACAGAGGCCUGGGAGUACAUCUCAGUUUCGUGCGCUCUGUUACCAUGGACAAGUGGAAAGAUAUUGAGCUUGAGAAGAUGAAAGCAGGAGGAAAUGGAAAAUUCCGCUUGUUUCUUGAACUUCAGGAUGAUUAUGAUCCCACCUGGACUUUACAGGAGAAAUACAACAGCAGAGCUGCUGCACUUUUCAGGGACAAGGUUGCAACUUUAGCAGAGGGUAAGGAGUGGUCCAUCGAGACUUCCUCUGCCAGAAACUGGACAUCUCCUCAACCCAAGACAAGCCUUUCAUCCUCUCAUCGGUCCGGUGGACCUGGACAGAACUCGGCAAAGUCUAGCGACAAAGCUUUUGAAGACUGGUUGAGCGACGAUGUUAACUCUUAUCAGAGUGGAGGGGGUUACAGUGGGAAUCAAGAGAAUCGGUAUGUUGGCUUUGGCAACACAGUGACCCCGGAGAAGAAAGAGGAUGACUUCCUGAACAAUGCCAUGUCUUCUAUUUAUUCAGGUUGGAGCAGUUUCACUGUCGGAGCUAGCAAAUUUGCUUCUAUUGCUAAAGAUAAUACAACUAAACUGGCAAACCAGGCAACUUUAAAGGCCACAGAGUUAGGACAGACAUUAAAUGAGAAUGUUAUCAAACCUACCCAAGAAAAGGUGAAAGAUGGCAAAUUGCUAGAUGAAAUGACAGUCAGCAUCUCUGGGCUGGCAAACAAGUUUCAGGGAGCUGGUGCAAAAUUGACUAACCUCUUCUCGGGGAAACCAGAAGAUGGGUCUGCUGGAGAAAGCUAUCAGAACAUGGAUGCCACUGAGGGAUAUCAGGGCAGUUCUAGCCAGCCUGUCUCAAAGGACUUCUGGGAGACCUUUGGCAGCAACAACUCCCUAAAGGCCAAGAAAUCUCCCAGCAGUGACAGCUGGACCAUCGCAGAUAAUUCCGCAAAGAAGAGCUCUGACAGUUGGGACAAUUGGGGCUCCGAGGCAGCGUCCAACAACAAACACAGCACAGAGGAGAGCUGGGAGGCCUGGGACAACAACUGGGAGAACGCGGAUGGUAAGACGAAGAAGAGUCCCACAAAACCUGCUGAGGACACCUGGGAUAAUGCAGACUGGUAGUAACCUCAAACCCAUACAUCUCACCUGUUUCCCUUUUUCUGGCCGUUUCCCUCCCUCUCUCUCUUCUUGUUCAUCUCUCUGGCACUUUCUGGGAAAGAGCUGCGUUCGCUUAGUUCCUGUCAGUCCAUUCAAAAAUAUAUUUAUUAUAAACCCAAGAAACAGUGAAUGAAGGUUAGGUUGAGCUCAUUAUUAAAUAAAUAUUCUUUAAAAAAAUACAAUUAUAUUGACUUGCAGUCGUGUAUAUUAAUGUAAAUAACCUCAAUCACAAGGGAAUUACGAUGAAUCAGUGUGUAGAUAUGAUCAUAAAUUUACAGCCUGGACUCCCCAAAUAUAAUACUCUUAAUGGCGAACAAGUUAGUGUUCAUACUGUAUUAUGGGUUUAAUGAUGCUGGUUUUCAAUUCACCACAUAAAAAUGAAGCAUGAGAUAGAAAAUCUGACUUUGUAAAUAGAAAUCCUUGUACAGUAUGACUGACUAAACACUAAUCACAUUAAUUUCUGUGUUCAGUCAAAUAGACAUCCUCAGCCCCUAGAUCUUUUGCACAUUUUGUGUUUGUACAUUUAAUUUUGGAAAAUAAAUGCUAUAUCAGAUUAAAGGAACAAAUAAUACACUAACAAAUUGGCUACCUUCAAUCAGAAUCUGUGUGGAUAUGUCAGUUUUAAAUGAAGUAACCUAACAUUUAACGUGUUAAGGCUUAAUGACUUUCAUAUUAUAUUUGUUUUUUUUUCUUUUUAUUAAAAUGUGCAAACAGUCAAGGGGUUUAAUCAAUUUAUCAUGUUACUAAGACCAGAAAAUUCUACAACAGGAUACUUAGAGGUAGCUUUAGUGUAAAUGGGUGUAUCACACUGGUGUCAUACAGACAAGCUGAUUUAAAACAUUUUAGGUUAUAUUUUACAUCACUUACAUUUUUAUCAAAAUGGUUGAAUUUAAUUUCAGACAGAUGACAGAAACUCAUUUUGAUUGGUUGAUCCAAUAUUGUGAUUUUACUUUCACUUUUUUCCACCUUCACUGUCACUGUAAUUUCCAUUCAGAUGCUUUCACAGCAAAGGUCUUUGGUGACAGAUAAUUUAUUCUUCGAAGCUCAUCCCAAAAAUCGUAUUAUACUUUAUGCUGCAACAUUUUGCAAAUCAUCACAUAGUUCUUUUUUACUUCAGAGCUGAAAUUAGGAGGGGGAUUUUUAACAUAUUAUGCUUUCUAUUUGUCCAGCUGAUGCUCAGAAACUGUAUGAAAUGGCUCAUAUUGUGAAAGAAACUUGUUGGACAUCAGCAGCUGUUUCAUACGUCAUUUUUCAAUUUUAUUUUAAAGACACAUGUUUGGGUGUUUUAAAUAAUUGGUGUCUAAAGAUUAUAUAUAGUUUAUUGUAGGUGAUUUCACAUAAAUGGUGAUCAUUGCAGGGUUAUAUGCUGUAUGUACUACUACAUGCAAGUUGUGUUUUAAUAACUGGACACAGAUGGGAACUGUAGACAGUAGAUUGUUGUCUGCAUGGUUUUGUAACUGCUGAACCUGUGAGCCUGUAACCUGUGACCCCAGCUGAACUGACAGGUCAUUGUAAAUUUCAUCUCAUGUGACGCAACUCUGUGUGAACUUUUCUCCACAUUCGUGUCAAGUAUCAUUGCACCUUGGUCGUUAAGCAUUGUGAGGAUUUGGUGUCACAGAUAUCUUUACACUUGUAUUAACAUCUGAACUGUGGAGUCAUAUUAAUGAGGCUCAUUAUACGCUGGAUGCUCAGAUGGUAAUAGUUCUCAAAACGCUUGUUAUGAAUUAAUUAAAUCAACCUAGUGCAUCCCUCAGUCCCAAGUCAGAUAAUAGGGCAACUGCUCUUACAGUGUUCAUCGUAAAUGCAAAUGCUCAUGAAAAGCUCAUUGUUUUAACAAGUAGGAAUGUAAUCAGUGUGAAAUUGAAUAUGACGCCUGUUCGUCUGGUCAUCUUAAAAUUUAAAUGAGCUGUUGAGGUUUAGAACAAGGCCAAUUUUGCAGCAACUAACUUCCCCGUGUGGCCUUUAAUUCAUUAUAACAUAGUGUUGCAGCUUUAUCCCACUAUUAACAAAUGUAAAACUGAAAUUGUUUGGACAUGUAAUAACCUGCAGAUGCUCAGUCUCCAUGAGUGAUGCAAAGUUUCAACAGAGUUCUGGCUUUUGUCUAAAUUUGUCUAAAUUGGUUUGAAUUUAGACAAUAGAGCCUGAAGUUAAUGACUAAUAUCAGAAGACAUCUUAACAUGCUUAGUUUGCAUUUAAUUUUUUGAGGCUCGGUGUGUGUGAUCAUUGGCCAGUGGUCCGCAGUAAACAGCUGCUCACAGAGCCAUGUGUCAGUGCAAUAUAGCUGCUGGAUUUUUGUUUGUUAUUAGGGUGUUAUAACAUCUUGCUGUACUUCUAUAUGCGGUUCUCAUUGGUAAAAAAUACAUUUUACUGUCACAGAUUUUGACUAGUGAAGGAUAACUCCUGGGAACUUUCCAUACCCAUUUCCUACCUCUAAGAAGUCUUCAGUUUACUGAUAAGUAUCCAGUAGUUGUCAUGUUUGUUUUGUUUUGUUUUGUUUUGUUUUUUUUUUUCUUUUAGCAUGAUUUUGAUGUAGACCUUAUUAUAGCAGGCUUGGUCUGCUGUUACUCAUUUUGUCUUUGGUAAAGCAGGUGUGUAACAGCAAAGCAGCUAAGAUCGGUCUACAGUGUUGUGUUUUUUUUUGUUGUUUUUUUUGUUGUUUUUUUCAGCGACGAUGUAAAAAAAGCAGAUCACUCCUGAAACGUUUGUGUUGCUUAACCUCUGCAGUCACGUCCUCAUGUGUGGUCAUGUGUUAAAUGCCUUAAAAAGCUGUGUUUGCUUUCUGUUGAUACUAACGUCAUGUUUGCUUGUGUGUCUUUGAUACAGUGAGGUGUACAUGUCAGUAAAUCACCAUCUAAGAUAAUGUCAAAUUAUACAAUGUUAUCCUCAAAUUUAUCUUCUUAUUACUGAAACUUUGUCAGUUUUGUAUUUUUCUUUUUUUUAUUUUAUAAUGAUAUGACAUGAAACAUAUACAUUGCCAGAAAAUAAAUAAAAGACUUUGUGCUGUGAUAUCUCACAGUCAAAAGAAAGGGAAACAAUUGAACAGUUGCUUCUCUGAAAUCUAUAAAAGAGCUUGUAGUUCUGAAAUACUUUAGUUUUACUUUUGGUAAAGGACCUUAUGGGGGAUACUGGUACACUUGAUUCAUGGUAAAAUUGCAGAAUGUGUUAUUGAAUGAAAUACAUCCAGUAGGUAUUGAUAGAAGGUGAUGAUUUUUUUUAAAAACAAACCUUUGUGUAUAUUUUGUAUUUCUUGCCACAUAAUCUGAAUCUAAUUCUAAACUUUAGUUUCCCAGAGCUACAGUUUAGCUCAGUGUCUGUGCCUGUCCAACAUUUGAGAUUGGGUAUGUCCAUGUUUGUUGAUGAAACUGUUAUGUCAGAAAUACUAUUUUUGAUGUCAUGCAUGAGAUGUAACGUGGAGCUAAAUACAUUCAGCUGUUUCUGAUUUUCAAAAGUUGUUUCCUCAGUGAACUGAAACGCAGUUGUUUGCUUGCCCCUUCACGUUUCACCAGCAGCCAUCAUUCGAGGUUAGCCAGUGUUACAUACUCAGUUGAAGCUGUGGAUAUUUUUCCUGUACACAUGGUUUCUGUGUUAAAUAAAAAUGUAUUGUAUUGU